AUGAUUUUUGUAGGAGGAGUUCCCUUUCAGGCGGAGGAGCCAUCUUCUUCCUCUGAGGGUAGCAAGAUUUUGAUUGCCUUGAUGGAUCACCCUAUUUUGUCAGCAGCCUCAUGUACCUUUAACUCCAUCCCUGAGAGGAAGUUCUCAGCUUCAGAAGGUGCCACUGGCGAGAGAGUGGCAGCGUGUAAAUGGGUCUAUGUGUUCCAAAGGGAAUAUGCAACAGUCGAUCCGAGUCUUGUGGAUUUAGCUGGCACUGAUGAGACGACAACUUGUGUGGGUAUGAUCAUCCGAAACUGCAAAAGUGGAAUGACCUCUAUUGCUCAUUUGGAUUCGCCAAGCAUAGUUGAUGUUGGCCUUUCCCAGAUGUUAACAUCAGUCGUUGAUCCAAACUCUGAUGAUAUUCUUGAUGUGCAUCUGAUUGGUGGUUUUGAUGAUUCCUCUCCACAACAUAUGGAAAAUACCGUGACCAGUCGUAUAAAGAACAAGGGUUAUUCCUUUCCUUUGUGUGCUAAGAUAGUUGAGGUCCUGGAGAAGAGUAGUAAAAAGUUUCACCUACAAACUCUCCAUGUUCUUGAGAACAAUACCUGGAAAGAUUCUGAGGGAGGUGCAUAUCCUAUAUUCACAGGCUUCCUGGUAAAUCCCUCAACUGGAUCAGUUACUCCGGCCAGUUUUGAUGGUACUUCUAGAUGCCCUGAUGAACUCGUGCGGAUGAACCGUGUGACUGCAGCAUAUGAGGAUCCCAACUGGAAUGGCAGGUUACUGGAGACUUAUGACACUAAAACUGAUCGAUUUGUUAUAGCUCCGUGUAAAUGGACAAAACGCCAGUUACACAUCGCCAUAAUGCUGCAAAGCCUAUCUGAUGAUGAACUUCUCCUCACAUGUUCCACUUCUCCUUCUGCUGAGGCUCCCGACUUUGUCGAAAAUGAAAGAAGAAAAUUGGCAUAUAUGAUUCAACACCCAGAUUGGAAAGAAACCUUCCCUUUGACGCAGCCACGAGUUUUUGAGAGGACAACUUCUGGAGAGUGGAAGAGACUUACUAAUUGA